UGCAGUCCGUUUUGAGAACAAGGCUGCCUGUCGUGACCCUCCCUUUGGGCGUAGUGAUAUCGUCAACUGUAUCUCAGUGUGUUGAUUGAUACCUUACAUGACAUGUACCUACCCUUGACACUGCACCUACACGUACAGCUCUCGCUCUACCGCUUUAGAUUUCAAGCUAAAAAGAUUAAAACUUUCAUCAUCAGUCAUUCUGAUGCUCCCUUGGCUUCCAUCAUGUCUCAUCGUUCUCCUCUCUGUCAUUGCCAUGCCUCUGUUUGUGCCCAGUUGUACGCCCUGCAUCCCAUCUCUCUCUUCCUCUGUGAUCACGGCAGUAUAUUGCGUACCAGCCCUUUUUCCUGUCCUGUUCCUCCCCCCCACCCACCCCGGACGGCGUCGACGCCGUGCGUUUCUCUGCCUUGGUGCUUCUUUUCGUUCCCCUGUUUGCCCGUAGCCAAAGAAAACCGCCAGCCCAGAGCUAGAGUGAGGGCCCUUUACGUCAGGGCUGCCAACUGCAUCAACACCCGGGUCGGCCAAAAAGCUGGACCCCACCGGGCCGGCUGGAUCCCUGUCGCUCCGUGUUCCGCACGGGGUGCCGUACGGAGUACUCGGCUCGUACUCCGUAUGAGGAAUUUCUCUGGCCAGGACGCACUGGGGGAUGGUAAGGAUUGAAUGACUUUUUGGAGUGUGGUUGAGAGACCCCCGUACCCGGCAUGCACCCUAUCCGAUACGGCCAAGCUCCCCCCUCAGCUAGACAGAUUGCUUUUUUGCUCCCUUGUCUGUCUGGUUUGAGAGAGGAGCAAAUGUCGGUGCUUCUUUUUUUUCUGUGUGUGGCCAGCAGAGAGAAGAUGAAG